UUCUCAUGCCAUUUGCCUGCGCAGCUUUAAGGCAAUCGAUCAUUUAUCAUUUCAUCAUGUUUCCAGUCAGUAUGAAAGAUAAUGCUACAUCUCCAGAGUCAUAUCCUGAGUAUCACUUCGCCAUAUAUCUUUGGAAAUACUGUUCACCAAUCAUGAUAGCCCUCGGAACCGUCGGCAACAUCUUCUGUAUUGUCACACUGCUCCGUAAGAACCUUCGCCAACAGACGACCGUCAUCUACUUAGUGGCACUGUCGUUGAAUGACCUGCUUGUUCUUUACUCUGGUUUACUUCGACACUGGAUCAUCAAAUCAUUCGAUGUAGAUGUUCGACUCUUAAGUGAGCUAAGCUGCAAACUACACCUUUGGGUGGUCUAUAUGUCACUCGAUACCUCUGGCUGGAUUUUGGUUGCUGUCACGAUCGAACGGGUUGCAUUGGUGUGGUUUCCACAUGCCAGCAAAGCACGAUGUAACAGAACAGUAUCUGCCUGUAUAUUGGGUGUUCUCAUAGGAAGCACCAUGCUGAUCAACUUGCAUUUAAUGUACGGUAUUGGCGAUGUCACCAACACUGAAAAUAAUAAGACCGUUUUAAAGCAUUGCUAUUACGAAAGUGACAGUUAUAAAAGGUUUUUUAUUGACAUUUGGCCUUGGAUUGAUUUAGCAAAAUUUAACGCUAUACCAUUUCUACUUAUAUUGAUUGGAAAUGUCAUAAUCAUAACAAGUGUAGUUAAAAAUCACCAGAAGUUAAGGAGAACUGUAGUACCUCAAGGCACCAGAAAGAGGAUGAAAAAGGUUAACUCAAUGACCGCUACCCUGAUCGUACUUAAUACAGCUUUUCUCCUUUCAACGACUCCUAUAAGUGUGUACUUGGCAUUUUACGAAGAAUGGUCGGAGAAUGCUUCUCAUCACACGAUAGCUCGCCUGACUUUAUCCUGGGCUGUGGUCAAUCUUCUUAUGUACUCCAACAAUACAUUGAACUUUCUGCUUUACUGUGUAAGCGGGGGAAACUUCAGGAAAGAAAUCAGACACCUUUGUAAGCGCUAUCCAGCAGCACACACCGAGGCGACAAGAGCCACAACCCUUGUUCAGAUACAACAUAUAUCUACUCAUGCUAUGCCCCCAGUUGACUAAUACAGUUUAGAGAAGAAACUUUGCGUAUUGUUAGAUAUAUCACGAUUGUGAUAUGCUUUAGUGAACUAUUCUAUAGAGUUAUGUCUCAGAUUUGUUAAUAAUACUGCACUUAAGAUAUGUUAUGAAUAAUUCAUGUCUUAAAUGUUAACCUAUUUUUGUUACGACAAGUAAACCGAAAUCUUUUACAUGGAUCUAACAGCCAAAUAACAUGAUUCUUACAAUUUUGCUACUCUUUCUAUCUAUUUGUUUUUGCAUGUAGUUGUUUUGAUGUGCGAUUUUGUUGUAAAAAAAAAAGAAGAAGAAAUA